CAUGCUUCUUAAAUCAAAUCAAAAUUUAAUUGUCCGCAAAUGUUCGAGGCAAAAUCCCGCCGGAAUCUGCUCCAACUGACCGAGGUAGGCAACACGGAACCGGAAACUGUCAGAAUCCCGCACCCGGUGGUGCUGCUGAGUAUGGAGGACCACCUUAACCGGACGGGGAAGAUAGACAACCUCAUGGGUGCUGCUCGGCUGCUAGCGGAAAUGACCAAAAAGGGCUGCGUAGAAGGGAGCGGCGGAAAAGGCUGUUGAUGCCGACGCCAAGACUAAGGAGACUGCGGUCGGCCCCAAGAAACCAACCUUGGUGCCACUGUGGCUACUACAAUGUGGUCACAGGACCGUUUGCGCUGUGCAGCGCAAGAUCCGCACUACGGUCAUGUUCCGUUGUCCGCGUACUCUGCGUCUUUCCCGCAACUCCAAGUUCCCACGAAAAUCAAUGCCAACACGCUGGUGGUCCUGAUCUACCUGGGCGCCUACAAGAACCACGUCAAGGCUGCGGUCAAGAAGCUGUACGGCGUCAAAGUGUACAAAGCGCAAGUGUUGUGGCCGGAUGGUAAAAAGAAGGCGACUGAGACGAAGGACUUGAACAAAACAACUCCGGCUCGUCCGCCGUCAACUCCUCUGUCGAAGGAACAACAAUCUAUAUACAAUCCGGGUCUUUGCGUUAAUCGCUGACAAGAUGGCUCUUGUGACGGAGAACUCACCAUGCAGCAAGCCGCCCAGGAAACUAGGAAGGGUCCCAACAGCGCCCUGUCGUUCCUCUUCCGAAGACCCCCCCCCCCCCCCCACCCUCCUCCAACGACGUGGCAAACCCGGAAAAUACGGACCUGGAACCGCUUAAGCACAAGAAGUGGAAAGGCGAACGGAGCAUGUCGUAUAAGCCGGAAGACCUCUUCAUCGAACCAACGAAGCACCGAACGAAGGAUUGGCCAUCGCGAGAAGUUACGAAGAACUUAGUCAGAAGCCCGGCAGCAAACUGGCCGUAGUACCAGCUUACACACGAGAAGGUAAACACGGGCAUGAACCGGCCGGAAUAUCUAAGCCAGUGGACGACCCGAGGAAGGCGGCAAGGCUCAGAUCAAGACGCCGAUCAAAACCGUCGAACUGCAGGACAAAAAGUUUAAACUGCCGGACGACGACCGGCGAUGCCGAGUGUUCUACGAUCCGAGCACGUGACGGAACGCGAAUGGACGUUCGCAGAAGGGACAAAUUGGAUCAGCUCGAGUGUGAGCUGACCUCAAGAACUGGGAACCGGGAGCUCGCCUACACGGGUCAACUUACGACGAAGAUGCACAAAGAAGCUCGGAAGUUAUGUGGUUGUACAUCCUCGGUGAUGUCAGACUUGGCGCUUUGGAAAACGUCUCCCAACAUUUCCAGGCUUGCCGGCCUGGACCCAAAAAGUAUUGAGAAUCGUUAAAAUGUACUUAUGUGAAGAACAACGUUCUACGCCGUUUCGUGGUGAACCGGUCCGACGAGGACCUCCUUCGACACGUAGUGGUCGUGUUUCGGGACAUCGGAGCGGUGACCGGAGAGAUGCGUACGCUGGUUCUGGUGGGGAGUUCUCGCUGAAAACGAUGAGGAUGACUUUAGUCGGGAUGGCGGUAUCAUCCGCGUGGAUCGGAUUGCGUACAUGAGAGACAACCUUGGCUCAUUCAGCAGGGGGCGCUAGUCGGGAUGAACCUGGUGAGAAUCGGGAGGCUGGAGCAAAUGUAGGUUGGCUGAAUAACAGUUGGAUUCAGGCCAUCGACCUGCCGACGAAGUGGUCCAUCGACCCGGCGAACGUUGGCACCGGCCCUUCAGGUUGUGAUGCCACUGAUUCCACGAAGCUUUCGCCGGUCAGCAGCAGCAAACGCAUCCGCUAACAUUCACGUGAACGAAAUUGGCAAUCAUAUUGCGAGCAGGAGCUGAUGUAGCUAAUCACGCGGAAACAGACCAAGCUCAGAAGUUUAUGAAUCUUCUAAUUCAUUUUUACACAGAUUUGAAUAUUUGAUGUUUAUAUUUCUGCAAACAGCUUUGGAUGUUAGAGGGUUUA